AGGCAAGCAUGGACCAGGGCGAGCAUGACGCCAUGGCACCCGAGGGUGAAGGGUCGCACAGAGAUCCGUGGGCAGAGAGGCUGCAGAUGCUCGGGAUGUCGGACGACUUGAUCCUCAAGGUGUUUGCUAGGGUGGACGACCACCCGCUCCUGGCCUGCUGCUCGAGGUUGAAUCGCAGGUUGAGGCAGCUCCUCAACGACGAUUCCCUGUGGGAGAACAUCUGCCAGCGAGUCAUGCGGGGGAAGCAGCCGCCGCAGAACGGGGUGAACUUCCUGCCCGAACCGGGAGAGAGCUACAAGCAAGUUUUCCUCAGGAUCCUGUACGACGUGUCGCGGCUCGAGAUCAAGCGGGAGGAAGUGAUCAACAGCUCGUGGAGGUUCUACUUCUGCUCCGAUAUGUACUUGUACCAUGCUUCUCCCGAGCAGGCAGCACUUCGAGACUCGCGGUCUGCCCGGGCCUUCUUUUCAUCCGAUGGGAUCUUCAUGAGCACUGUUCCCGGGGCUCCAUCGCAGCGAUCGACACUCAAGUGGCAGCUGCUGCUGCGGUCGGAGGAUGAGUCGGGCAAGGGAGAAGGGAAGCUGUGUAGCUCGGAAGAGCGGGGAACACACUUGGCAGAUUGGUUCUUAUCCGGUGCUGAGCGUGACGAGGACGCAGAGUUGGG